AUGAAAUCUAACUUUGUUAAGCAAACCCUUCCUUCCAUCGGAGUUGCGAGACCUGUAUACAAGACCGUGGUUGCGACAAAGCCGUAUCAGGCCGAAUGUAAACAAAACACACGCGAAGACAGUGAAGAUUUAUGUGCGGAAAAUAACUUACAGGAACCAAUUUAUGAUCUUAUCAAGGAUUCUGGACAACCACAUGCUAGAGUCUUCACUAUUACAUGUACAGUAUCUAGUUUUGUAGAAGAAGGAGUUGCACCGACAAAAAAAAUGGCAAAGCAUGAUGCUGCAGGAAAAAUGGUGAAAAGAAUAAAAGCUCUUGUGGAUCAAUUAAAUAGCAUUGAAGAUGAAGAAGGAUCUUUAGACUCAUCUUUAGCAACUAAUAAAACGGAAAUAAUGAAUAGAAAUGCAAAAGAACGCUACUAUUCACUUAACAAAUCAAUAAAAAUGAAUUUAGGUAUUAAAUUAUCUGAAUAUCACACUAAAUGGAGAGAUUCUUUAGAAAUGGAUAAACGUAAGAAAGCAUUAGAAGAAUUGCAUUCUUAUUUAAACGAGAUUCUAUCUUUGGACGAAGAAGAUGCAGAUAAAUUUACCAUAAUAAUAAAUAAGAAGUUAUCUAAAUUAGAAACUAUAUUAUCAGAUAUUAAUGUAACAGUUAAUACAAAAGAAAUACCGGCAGAUAAGAGCUAUUUUAUGAGAAUAAUAGAGCUCAAUACUUGUCCUCAUUUUUCACAGAUUGGUAUAGGAAAAACUGAGCAAGAAGCUGACUGGAAUGCUUUAACCAAGAUGGUAGAAUUUUUAAUAUUGCUUCUGUCAUAAAAUAUAGAAUUCAUAAAUGUAAA